GGCCGACUGUGCUCUUGUCUCAUAGUACUACGCUGCGCGUUCUCAGAAGGAUGCGCCUGCGCAUUGUGCUGGUCUCCAUGGCAGGGCCUCGGAGCCAAGACGAGAAAAAAUGCUGCUGUGAAGACAUAAUUAUAGCUCUCACACAAAUGAAGCCUAUCAUGAUUUAGUGUCCCCGAAAGGAAGAAUUUCAGUGGACAAGAGAGGGCAUUUCUGGCAAUAGUAGAAUGCUUGAGGCCUGAGUUUAAACUUGAGCGACUGCCUGAAGCUAUUAAAUAAUAAAAGAAAAUGGAAUUGAAUAUAUCAGCAUGGAACAGUCUAAUGAUUCAUUAAGAGUCAACCAUAAUGAUUCUGAAGAAUCGAAAACAGAUUCUCAGGUAUUUGAGCAUCUAACCUGUAUGGACUCCAGGGAUCCUUCCUUUGGACAAAAUGGUUCUCCUAGAAUUUUACCCAUCACCUCUCAUGAAGUAGAUAAUUCACUCACAUCACAGAAUAUACCAGGGACCCUGACUCAGACACAGACUCUUUCUACAGAACAAUUCCAUCUAGUGGACCAAAAUGGGCAGCCUAUUCAAUAUGAACUUCAGUCAUUGGGGGAUUCUAAUGCACAAAUGAUGAUUGUUCCUAGCCCAUCAGAAAAUGGACAGGUGCUGCGUGUAAUUCCAUCUACCCAGACAGGAAUGGCACAAGUAAUUAUUCCUCAGGGGCAGCUUGUGGAUGUAAAUAGCCCUCAGGAUGUCUCUGAAGAGAAACCCGGUGACAGAAACUUACCAACCAUAAGAGUUGAUGUUCUAGCAGACAGUACCAGUAAUUAUACUCUUCAUCCACAAGCAUCCCUCACAUUGCCCAAAAAGACCGUGGCCAGAGUGCUUGAAGAGCCCUUUCUGGCUCCUCUCCAGCCACUUUCUUCUAACACACCUAUGUGGGCUUGCCGUCUUAGGAGCUGUGAGAAAAUUGGAGAUUCUUACCGUGGCUACUGUGUAAGUGAGACUGAAUUAGAAAGUGUCCUAACAUUUCACAAGCAGCAAACUCAGAGUGUUUGGGGGACCCGCCAAUCUCCAAGUCCAGCCAAGCCAGCUACACGCUUGAUGUGGAAAUCUCAAUAUGUUCCAUAUGACGGAAUCCCAUUUGUCAAUGCAGGUUUCAGUUGCCUGUUCUCAACCUCAGUCUGGAAGCAGAUGAUCCUCCUGACGUUUUGUCAGAAGGUCAGUAGUAGCCUAAUGCUACAUCACAAUGCCUACGUCAUUCACCUCACUUCAUCUCAUCACAUAGGCAUUUUAUCAUCUCACAUCAUCACAAGAAGAAGAAGGUGUCCAGAACAGAUGGAUACUUCAAUUAAUAUCAAUAGUUGGUUUUGGCCUACAGGGAGUAGAGCUGUGGUAAUGGAGUGUCAGUAUGGGCCAAGGAGAAAAGGUUUCCAGUUAAAAAAAAUCAGUGAACAGGAAAGCAGGUCUUGUCAGCUCUACAAAGCCACUUGUCCAGCCCGGAUUUACAUUAAAAAGGUACAGAAGUUUCCUGAAUAUAGAGUUCCUACAGACCCCAAAAUUGACAAGAAAAUAAUCCGAAUGGAGCAGGAAAAAGCCUUUAACAUGCUAAAGAAGAAUUUGGUAGAUGCUGGUGGUGUUCUUAGAUGGUAUGUACAGUUACCUACAAAGCAAGCUCAUCAGUAUCACGAGUUAGAAACUUCCUGCCUUGCUUUGUCACCUUCCCCUUUUCCUGUGCCUUCUCUUGAAGAAGAGGAAACUGCAAUUAGGGAUGAAAAUUGCGCAUUACCCUCACGUCUACAUCCUCAAGUAGCACAUAAGAUUCAAGAAUUAGUGUCACAAGGAAUAGAACAAGUGUAUGCAGUAAGGAAACAGCUAAGAAAAUUCGUGGAAAGAGAACUAUUUAAACCUGAUGAGGUGCCUGAAAGACAUAACUUAUCCUUUUUUCCAACUGUAAAUGAUAUUAAAAAUCACAUCCAUGAGGUACAGAAAGCCUUGAGAAAUGGAGAUAAUGUGUAUAACUCAGAUAUUAUUCCAGCAACGCUUCAGUGGACUACAGAUAAUGGGCAUAUUCUCAGAGAGACUGUGACAGUUACAUUUGCAGAAGGAAAUUCACCAGGAGAAUCAAUUAGCACCAAAGUGGAAACAAAUCAGACAAGGGGUUCUUUGUCUCCAGAGCCAGCCCACUUGCUCUCUUCACUUUCCUCAUUUCAGCCAAAAGUAUUUACUCAACUGCAGGGUUUGCAGUUGCAACCAAGAUUCACUUCUCCUGAUGGAUCACCGACUCUGAUAUCAGUAAAUAACCACCCUUCCUCCAGUCCUUCAAGACUUCUGGACUCAUUAGAAAGUACUGUAAUGAAUAAUAAUUCUCUACUGCUUGGUCAAAGUCAUAGCCUUCAAACAGAUACAUGCCUGACCCCAAACAAUAGCAUUAUUACCUCUACCAUGGGUAACCUUCCAGGACCAGAUCAAAAUCUAGCUGCAAUGGACCAGCUGGUGCAAGUUGGAGAUGUUGAGGAUACAGAGAAUAUGGAAGGAAGUGUUCAUCGGAUUCUGUUGGGAAAUGUGCAGACCAUCCCAAUACAAAUUAUAGAUAACCACCCAGCUAUUAUUGGAGAAAAUCCAGAAGGUACCGUUUCUGUGAACCAAGUUAAGCAAGAACCCAAAGAACCAGCAUUGUCUAUGGAAGCAAAAAAAAAUUUGGACUGUAAGAAAUUAUCUACUACAUAAAUUAUUGAAGCUUUUCAGAAUUUACAACUUGGGUGACUUAUAAUGUCAUAAAAAAGAAGGUGAAUAUUAUCAAAGCGCAGCAUUGUGAUAAGUGAACUGAAGACUGGUUCAAUGAGCAACUUUGAUUUAAAACCGAUAUGUCUGUUGCCAAGUCCAUAUUUUUGGAACCUAUUUUAUUCCUCUUAUUUUGUAUAAUUCUUAUGCUUUUUGAUUAUCUGAUAAGGCCAGUAUUUCCAAAGAUCAUCUGAACUUAUCCAUGACAAUAUAGUCUGAACACAAAUAGUUAUCUAAUCCCUUGGAAAUAUCUGAUUUGGGUUCUGAAAAGACAAGAACAACAACAAAAAUAGUGUGUGAGUUUGUGUGUGUGUGAGUGUGUGUAUGUGUGUUGACUUUUUUUUAAAGUUAUAAAAGAAAUUAUUUCCUCUUUAAAGUUGUGAAGAAAUUCUUUAAAUUAGCACAGGGGAGAGAAUAUUUGUAGUCUGUCUCAUUAGGAAAGAUAAAACCAUAGUAGAUUUUACAUCAUAACAUAAAGCUCAGUAUUCACAUCUGUGGAAACUAAUUGCAUUUUGGCUUCUUCCAUUAUAAUUUUUAUACUUAUAACUACAAACCAAUAGCAUACUAAUAGUUAUCUAGUAGAAAUUUAAAAUGUCUUGGUAAGUACUUAGAGUUUUAAUUUGAAUUAAUCAGCUAAGCAACAGAAAUAAAUGUAUAUUGCAUGGAUUUAUAUAGUAUUUUAGGUAAAACACUACAUGUGGAUAGAAAACUAUAGAAAUUGAGAGAAUUCAGAAAGAAUAAUAAACUUCCCUGGUGUUGACAGAUAAUUUGAGGAACUUUUUGAUAUCCACAAAAGAUUUUUUUUUUUCCUACUUUGUAUUGAAGAUUCAGCUCUGGUUAGAAAAUAAUUUGAGUUGUACUCAUUUUUCUAUGCCAGAGCUCUUACUGAAUUAGUGGUAUUUUCAAGGUAAGUAUUUGUAGUUUAAAAUUUAGUUCAUAUUUAAAACAACUGAUGUGUUAUAUUUGCUUGCUGAGUAAGUAUAUUUACUUGAAAUACUGAAUAAGUACUAAUCACUGUAUUCAUUAUAAGCUUCUGUUUUCUGGAAGGUUGGUGAACUAGAAAUGUCAAUUAUUAGCUGUCAAGAAAUCAAUUUAAAGGUUUUUUUCACCCCAGGGACCGUUUGUGGGUAUAUUUAGGACUUUAUUUAAAAGUAAUAAGGAUUUCAAAUGGAUAUUAAUAUUUAUAUUCAAAGUAUAUGGAAUGUAAUAUGAAAUUUAACCUUACUCUUUUACAUGACUGAAUCCUUUUUGGCUUUUCUAAAGUCCAGUCUCCCAUUCUUAAUUCACUUUAAUUGUUGCAAGUAUACAACAUGUACCUAAGUAAAGCAUUGUUAAAUUAGACGUGAGUGGAACUCUUAAAAAUCCGUGCUCUUUAGAUUUAUACCCUAUUUAAUAUAAAAUUUAUUAUUUAUACCCCUAUUUAAUACAAAGUUGAUAUUUAGUUACAUAUAUGAUUUUUAAUUAGAAUAGCUUUUCUUUUUCCUAAGAACUGAAAAUAUUUGAUGUCAGCAUUUCAGAGGCAGUCUGCCAAAUCUGAUUAUGUUACUCUAAGUUAAACAUAGCUCUUAGUUACCUCAAACCCAGCUUUCUCGUAGUCUGUGUGUACGUAAAGGGUAUAAGUCUGAAUUUAUAGUUUUAUUGCAUUUGUAGGUAAUAUUCUUUUAAUUUAUUAUUUCUAAUUUUUAUGGAAACUUUUUUCAGGAUUUUAAAUAAUAUUCACUUUUCAUUAAUGGCAAUAGCUUAUUAUUAAAUAUUUUACCAAUUGAACUAUAUUCCUUUGGAGACAUUCUUUUCUUUUUUGAUGUUGAGUUGCUAAGGAGAAAUGCUUGUUAAGAUACAAACUCCAGUCAGUUACCUGUGAGGAUAAGAGACGUUAGAGAGUUCAGACUUUGGCAUUUGAACAAGAACAAAAUAUAGUUUUAAAAUAUUUCUCUCACUUCAUUCUAUGUGAAUGUCUCUUUCUGGUACUGUUUUUUUCACUAGGAGGAGGAAAGUUACAGUGCAUCCUUCCCACAAACAAAAAACAAAAUUAAAAAAGAGCAUGAAGGAAGGUUUAAAUCCCUAAUUGUAUACUCUUUUGGUUUUUAGGUAGAAACUGGAACUAUCAAUAUUUUCAUGUUAUUUUGGAGGUAUUUUAAAGGAGCCAGCAUUUGACGGUCAUGGAGGUCUUAUCAAAAUCUGGUCACCUUGGAAACAGCAUGCUUUUCUGAG